GAUAGGAUGGCAGGGCUUAUUCGUUAGAUCUCUUAUGCUGAUUAUCCUCGACAGCUGCAAGCUUCGUCGUCGCCCCUAUUUUCCGACGCAAAGACUUUUGCUAAUAAUGGCAUUUGCACAUAGAGGAAUAUUACAACAAAUACAUAAUCAGACACAGCGACCUAUCACCCUCGACCGGCGCCUUGUUCGGUGCCUUGCAAAGGGCAAACAAACAGGCAAGAAGAAACUCACCUUGACCGAGAAGCUCAGGUCUAACAAUGCAGCACCGCACCUGGAUAUGUUUGAGGCGCCGAAGCCUCAAAGCGAUGACAGUGGCGAGCCAUCCACGUCGGGGUCGGGACUUCCUGAUCGCGGAUUGGUAGCAGCUGUUGGUAGCGCAAGGAAUUCGAACAUCGUGAAGGUGACAUGGCGACGACUACUGAAGGAGCUGUCAUCACUGCCGCGAGCGAUUGCCAUUAUGGCCUUGAUUGCGGGGCUGUCUGGCUUAGGCACCAUCAUCCCGCAAAACAAGCCGUUGGAGUACUACAUCGCCAACUACCCGGCGGAAGGCCCCCACAAGGUGCUCGGCUUCCUGUCGUACGACGUCAUCACGGCGCUGCAGCUGGACCACAUCUACUCCGCCGACUACUUCUACCUCUCCAUGGCGCUGCUGGCCGCCUCGCUGACCGCCUGCACCUACACGCGCCAGUGGCCCGCGGUCAAGGUUGCCCAGCGCUGGCGCUUCCUCACCCAGCCCUCCUCCCUCACCAGGCAGGGGCGCACCGAGGUGCUGCCCAACGCGCGCAUCUGCGACCUGGGUGCGCUGCUGCUGCGUCGCGGCUACCAGGUGUUCCUGCGGGGGGACAGCCUGUACGCGUUCAAGGGGCUGGCGGGCAAGCUGGGGCCCAUCGGGGUGCAUGCGGCGCUGCUGCUGUGCCUGCUGGGCACCUCCUGGAGCGGGUUCGGCAGCCUCAAGGGAGCCGUCAUGUGCCCAGAGGGUCAGGACUUCCAGGUGUCGAGCUUCCUGCACCCCGGCUCGCCGCUUGCGACCAUGCCAGAGGCAGCUUCCAACGUGAUGCACGUCAACCGCUUCCUCAUAGACUACCGGCCAGACGGCUCCGUUGCGCAGUUCUACAGCGACCUGUCCCUGACUGACCCACGGGACGGCAGCGAGCUCCUGCGCAAGACCAUUAGCGUGAACGACCCCUUCCGCUACAAGGGCGUCACUAUGUACCAGACGGACUGGUCCCUCUCCGCCGUCACCUUGAGAGUGCUGGGCCAAGACGCGCCCCUAGCCCGGGCAGCGGAGGCCGCAGCGGCAGCCGCGAGCACCGGCGAGGACACCCCGGCUGCUGCCGCUGCGGCUGCGGAGCGCACCGCCUUCAACCUGCCCAUGGCCUCGCUGGAGGGUCGGCCGGGGGUGGCGGGCCGCCUGUGGGCCACCUUCCUGCCGCUCGGGAAGGCUGCGCCGGACGGCUCGGCUCCCCGGGGCAUAUCCAUCCUGGCUCGAGACCCGCAGUCUGUGGUGUUCUACGACGCAUCCGGGCAGUUUGUGGGUGUACGACGGCCCGGCAGCGGCAAGCCCAUCACGGUGGAGGGGCUGCAGCUGGUGGUGGAGGAUGUGGUGGGGGCGACCGGGCUGGAGAUCAAGAGCGACCCGGGGGUGCCUGUCGUGUACGCAGGCUUCGGCGGCCUCAUGGUGACUACGCUGGUCAGCUACCUGAGCCACAGCCAGGUGUGGGCGCUGCAGCAGGGUUCCAACCUCUUCGUCAGCGGCCGCACCAAUCGAGCCAAGCUGGAGUUUGAAACGGAGCUUGACGCCAUCCUGGACCAGGUACCUGAGCUGCGGCCCGCAGCCAGCGAGGCGGUGGAAGGGGCUGAGGCGGAGACGGGAGGCGGGAUGAGCAGAGUUGCGGGCACGAAUGCGAGCAGCAAUAGCGCGGCGGGCGAGGUGACAGCUGCGGCGAGUAUGGAGUAGCGGCUUGAGGUUUGAUGUUGGCAGGUCGUGCGGUGUUGGUGCAGAGAGAUUGAGGAGGCAGUGGAGAAGCUGAAGCUUCGCCGGGUGGGGUGGGGUCAGUUCUGAGGGCAGGAAGCCACGUAACUGGCUUGAAGAGUGUGGGCUGUGGACAUGUAACACCUGAGCUGCCAAGCCAAUGCCCACGUAAACAGAUGAAUCCUAAGAGCAGAGAGUUGUCAAGAAUGAAGCUUCUUUGUAACAAAAGGAGAAGAAAUUACAACCGUGGCACACUCGAGGUGCGCAUGUGCAAUCUUGGGCACAUCCACGGACAAAACAACGUUCUGCGCACAAAUCUGCUUGUGCAGCAGCAUUUAAACAGGUGUUAAUAGUCCAUAUAAUAAACCGGCGCUCAUGCAAGAAGGG